CGCAUCACCUGGCUCCCCUGCUCGACCCAUGUCUGCAACUUGAUGUUGUCAGACAUUGGGACACGAGUGGGGUGGGUAGUUGACACCAUUAUCCGUGGACGAGCGAUGGUGCAAUUUAUUAAAUCGCACGGCGCAGCUCUCACCCUUUACAAGAAGAAGAGCCCGCCCGUUUCGCUUGUGCAGCCCGUUGAGACUCGCUUCGCAUUAGUUUUCAUGAUGUUGACUUGUCUCCUCGGGAGACGCGACUCGCUGCAGGCGAUGUUGCAUGACGACGCGUGGGCGAGUAUCCCGUGGGAGCGGAGACUGCUGCCCCAGGCGAGAUGGGUGCAUCCCCAGAUUCAAGAUGGCGAGUUCUGGCGCUAUGUCGAGUUCUUGAUUCUUGUGAUGGAGCCCAUCCAUCAGCAGCUGAGGCGGAUGGACAAAGGAGGGAUGAUGAUGUCCAGCGUCUACGAGUGGAGCCGUCAUCUCGUUCAGCUUCAAACGAAGUUGGACGUUGUGCCGGCCGAUCUUCUGACCCCGUGCGUGCGAGAGGUCAGGAUGCGGCUCAUGCACUUAUUGGAGCCCGCGCACGCUGCCGCUCAUCUCCUAAAACCCGGUUGUCGGUCUUUGAGGUACUACGCAUCCCUCCACACCACGACAGAGGAUGCGGAGGUUGUACAUGAGAGUGAUCGUUUUCUCCUUGCGCAGACUGGAGUUGAUCCCACCAGCAGGGAUUACCUCGUUGUUUGUGACCAGAUGCGCCGAUUCCAUGCGCGCAGUGGAGACUGGGGUGACAGGCUGGUGUCGGAUGCCGAGGCGGAGGGUUGCCAUGGGGAUCAGGAGACGCACCCCUCUCCCGCGGAGAGGAAUUGGGCGGCCCACGAGCGCAUUCAGACGGCAAAGCGGAGCAACUUUGCCUUCGCCAAGCUGGAACAGCUGGUUGAGAUCACGACAAAUCUCAAACUGGCUUCAUGCAGGCAGCAGGGUGGCGGCUAUGUGCUUUCGUGGGUCAUGGAGGGUGUCGACACCGAGAGACGGUUGCCGGACGAGGACGAGGACGAGGACGGUGACCCUGAGCCUAACGUGUGGGGGGCGAGACCCGUUGGUACGUUCACCGACCGGGAGAUUACGAGGCAGAUCGAUGUUUUUCGCAAGGAAGACACAAGUCGUCCUCGAGAGGUUUCUGUUGUAUUCGGGGAUCAGGUGGCCACUCUGCUCCCUUUCAACCAUGUGCCUCCUCCCCCGUCCCGGGGUGCAGCAGAGGGUUCUACGGCAGCCGUUGAGGACGGAGAGGACGAUUGGAUGGACGUAGAGGAUGUGGUGGGGGGCAUAGACAGGACGGCGGAGCAGCCCCCCUCAUGGCCCUUUGAUGUUGUGGGUGGUGGGGCUGACACAUGCGGAUUGGACGCUGGAGGCGGGGGGCAGGUAGAUGUGCCAUGCGAGGGUGGUCCUGUCGGGGGUGUCGAGACGGUGGGGGCAGACACAGGAGAUGAGAGCUCUGACGACGGCGAGGAGUGUGCGGCCGCCGAGGCUAUCGUAGACGACGUCAUGAUUGGCAUAUGCGCGGCUGGCACAGAUGGCGGGACUCAUGGAGGGGAGGAGGGGAUGGUGGACGAGGGCAGUGUGCCUUUGCCUGAGGAGGAGUUGGUGGACGAGGGGAGUGUUCGUUUGCCUCAGGAGAAGUUGGACGAGGGCGAUUUGGCUUUGCCAGAGGAGGAGUUGGUGGACGACGGCAGUGUGCCUUUGGAGGGCAGUGUGCCUUUUGUUGAUGGGCGACACAGGAUGAUGAGGAGGGAGCAGCGGUCGAUGCAGGGCACAGUGCCCCGGGGGUGGUCGUCUUGUCGGCGAGUGACGGACAGUCUGAGGAGGGACUACGAUAGAGGACGGGGGCUGUUCGCACGAGGACCAUCGGGGGAGGGAGAUCCUGCAGCGGGUGCGAGUGAGGCUGGACGAUCGAGUGUCCACACAGCAGGACGUAUACUCGGAUUGGAUACAGUCGAGACAAGGAGGACAGAGAGGUUGGAGGUUUAUCCCGCUCGAUCAGCCAUUGACGACAGAUGGCAGGGACUGCCGUACACAUCGGGGGAGGAGGACUUGCAUAUGCCACAGGGUUCGAGACGUCAUGACUCGAUCAGGGAUCUUGAUGCGGAGAUUGCUGCUGACCAGCAGCGGUUGGCGGACCUCAUUCGCAAGCGUGAGAGGAGGUUGGAGACGGAGGCACAGGCUGAGGAGGCGGACACAGAGACCGAGCCCAUCGACACAGCUAUGCGGAGAGAGAGGCAUCGGAGAGUAGCGUCCGCGGCAGGCUCACACCUUGCACCCGUAGGGAGAGAGGGAGCACCACAUGGUGGGGGUCGGGGUGGGAGGAGAGGAGCAUUGGCAGGGUGAGGGAGUGCAGCACGUCAUAGCACUCAUACUAGGCGCGGUAGCAGGGGUUAGCGACUUGUGUAGCACGGCAGAUCAGUUUUUUACUUUCAUGUUUUUUGUAUGCUAUCUUUAUUUUAUUCGUACAUUACUGUCAUGUUCUUAGUUGUUAGGUUUCAGACUUGCUAUACGUUGUCAGUUUUACACGGCAGGAGUUAGCGACUUUAUGUGUCAGACUUGCUCAUGGUUAUAGUAUUCUUUUCCUGCACUGCAACACCUGUUUUGGUUUUCUUGGCCAGGUUGUCAUGUUGACUUUGUUCACAUUUCGUCAUAGACACAUAACGUUUGCCAGUGCUAUGUUUGCAUCAUGUAUUGGUGUUUUUGAAUGUGCUGUAUUGUCCUUAUGUCUAUCAAACCCUAUCCCCUCCCAGUUAAUGUCCCUCCCCAACCGCCUUUCAGCCAAUGAGCCCUCUCUUUUUGCGCCCUCCCAAAUUCCCAAUGAAUGACAUCCACCAGC